CGUGAUUGGUCAUCAGUGCCACCUCGGAAGGUGCUGUGACGAGAAGAGUAGGAGCUUUCUCACAACAAUAUUUCUUCGGACGGAAAUUUUUGUGCUGAGGAUAAAUGAUCGAUUGGAUUCAGUUGUUUUGUUGCAUCAACAAUGUAUAUUCGACGACAGCAGGAUUACGUCUGGAUUCACAUUGUUGUGUUUCUUUGUAUUUGUGACCGGUCUGCUUCGCAGAUAUCCUACUCGAUCUCCGAGGAGGUGAACAAAGGCACGGUAGUGGGGAAUAUUGCAAAGGAUUUAAACCUCAAUGUACAGGAACUAGAGACCAGGGAUCUACGUAUUGUUUCGAGUCACAGUAAGAGAUAUUUUGACGUGAAUUUGCGGACCGGGAACAUCUUUGUUGACGAGAGAAUAGACAGAGAGGAGCUGUGUCCGAAUGUGGUAAAAUGCUUGUUAAAAAUACAGGCUGUUCUAAACAAUCCAAUGGCUGCACACCGCAUAGAGGUUAAUAUUUUAGAUAUAAACGAUAAUUCGCCUGCUUUCAUUGAAAAAACGUAUUCUUUGAAUAUUUCAGAAUCAUCUUUAACGGGGGAGAGAUAUCUUCUCCCAAUAGCAGUGGAUGCGGACAUAGGCAGCAACUCAGUGAAGACCUACAAGCUGAGCCAAAAUGAACAUUUCUCUCUUGAUGUACAGAGCGGCGGAGAUCACGGUGUGUCUGCUGAGUUAGUGCUGCAGAAAGCUUUAGAUCGAGAGAAACAGUCUGUAAUUACACUCCUCCUGACCGCUGUAGAUGGAGGAAAACCUGCUAAAUCGGGGUCAUUACAAAUCAAUGUUAAUGUUUUAGAUGCGAACGACAAUAUACCCAAUUUCAGCAAAUCACUCUAUAAAGUGCGUGUGCGUGAAAAUACUCCACCUGGAACAGUGGUAAUAAAGUUAAAUGCAACGGAUUUAGAUGAGGGCAUUAACAGUAAGAUCAUGUAUUCCUUCAUCAAACGAGGGAAUAUUGAUCCAUCAAAUAUUUUCGAUCUAAAUGCAGAAACAGGAGAAAUCACUGUGAAGGGUACAUUAGAUUACGAAGAGACGCCUGCUUAUGAAGUCAGAGUUCAAGCUAUGGAUCAAGGCACCUCUCCUCGUAGUGCACAUGCCAAACUGCUGAUAGAGAUAAUUGAUGUGAAUGACAAUGCCCCAGUAAUAUCGGUGACGUCACUCAUGACCCCGGUAAAAGAAGAUGCAGAACUGGGGACAAUAGUUGCUUUGGUUACAGUGAGUGAUAAAGAUGGAGGAAACAACGGUGUAACUAACUGUAAGGUAAUUGGGUCUGUUCCGUUUAAACUGAAGUCCAACUAUAAAAAUGACUAUUCAUUAGUAGUAGAUGGACCACUGGACAGAGAAAACACGUCGCUUUACAAUGUCACCGUUACAGCCACAGAUGAAGGAAAUCCGCCUCUGUCCAGUUUCAGGGUCAUUACUGUUCACGUUUCUGAUGUUAAUGAUAACGCACCUCGAUUUAUGGAGCCUGUGAUUAAUGUUUAUGUGAAAGAAAACAGUCCAAUCGGCUCUGUUAUUUAUACAAUAAAUGCAUUUGAUCCUGAUAUGGAAACUAAUGCAAAACUGACGUACACAUUGUUAGAUAGUUAUCCAAAAAUAUUCCAAUAACUUCAGUUUUAAACAUCAACUCAGAGACUGGAGAUAUAGUCAGCCUGCAGUCUUUUAACUACGAGGAGUUAAAGACGUUCCAGUUUAAAGUUCAGGCCACAGACUCUGGUGUUCCUCCGCUCAGCAGCAACGUGACUGU